AAAUCUAAAGAAAGCUAAAAACAUGGAGAUUUUCUUGGUUUUUCUUUAAAUUUCCCACGACUUUUCUCACUGCGCAAGAAGAGCCUAUUUCUUCUCUCAAGAUCUUUAUUUGUUUUCCUUCAAAUCAUCUCUCUCUCUCUCAUUCUGAAAAAAAAAAAAAAACAAUGUGUAGCAACAACAACAACAACACAAGUAGUGGAAGCUAUGGAGAGUUACAUGAUGAGUACCAUGGUUCUUGUCGGAAGAAACAGAAGAAGAACAAAGUACGACGAAGAGGACCUGGUGUAGCCGAACUAGAGAAGAUCCGUCUUCAAGAAGAGCACAAAUCUCCUCUUUCUUCUUCAUUACAAAACAUGGAUCAUCAUCGGACUCUCUUUGCUCCGUCUUCCUAUGAUUUAGCGAUGAUUCCUCCAAACUUUGCUUUGCCGGAGAAACUGCCGUCGUUCCCGGCUUUUCCGUUCUCGUACGGAUCUUGUAUUCCUCCGGCGCCGGUUUUUCAGAGGAACCAACAACAUUCUCUAACGAUGAAUAUUCCGAAUCCAUCUCUAGGAGGAGAAGGAGGAAUUUAUCAAUUCAUAGAGCCCCCUUCAAACCAAAGAUCUUGCGUCGAUUCUGUCUCUCAGUUUCUUGAGGAAGAAAAUAAAACGAUGGUCAGUGCGAAGAAGAGGCCAUGGCAUUUUCUUACUGACACCACGGAGCCUAGAGUUGGACCAACCAAAACAACUAUUUUGAGGGAGCCGAUACGAAACCGGUCGCUGGGUCUACGUCCGGUUCAAGAUUCUGGUACAACAAUUAGCAACCCCAUCGCCAUUGAUUCACCUACCUCCUCCAUUCCAAGCUUUCCUCGUCAUUACCCGAGGUUUAUCCCACUUGGCUUACAGCUACAGUAUGAACAACAACAAAAGGAGUUUGAUGAGAAUAUGCAAUGGAGAAGUAAGGAGCCGUUCUAUAGCUUCAUACCCUCUGAAGAUCGGAGCAAUGCUGACCAAGAACGACAACCCUGUGACCGGUAUGAAUCAGCCGUUGAUCAUGGAAUCGAUCUCAGCCUUAAGCUAUAGUGAUUUUAGAAACAACUUUAGUCUUAUAAUUAUGUAGCUUUUGAUAUAUCAGUUAACUUCUCCUUAACUCUAUUAGUUUGUCAUUCAUGGACCAACCAAGACUUGUUGCUAGAAGGUUUGUUUGUAAGACUGAAAAGUCUUAGUAAAAUCUCUCA